AGCACGGACCCGGUCAAUCCUGUCGUGACGCCAUGCGCCAGUCGUGCCUGUUCUGAUGCCUCAUAAGGAAUCUUAUCAAGUCAUUGUGCAAUCCAUUUGGCCAUCCCUUCAUUAGCCUGAUUAGCUGCACAAUAAGCAGAUCUGGCGGGCCCCUGGGGUAAUUCGGGUUAGGAGCUGUGGUAAUUUUCGAGUAGGAGGGUGAAGGAGGCGCAGCACGCCUUCCGGGAUCAACUUAGCAUUUGUACCGGAAGAAGACGAAAAGCAAAGGGCAUCUUUCCGGAGGAAUCUGCUGUCCUGCUGUUUCCAAGUGGUCUUUUACGUGCGCGCAGUGCCGGCAAGCUUUCGGCUGUUAGAAUGAAAACCUGAGAAGGCAACUGAUGAUCGUGGCAGUGCUCUGUCUGGCAAGAUGAGUGACCAGCCUCAAGGAUCUGUGUAGUGAGCUUGGAUUUUGACAGCAAGACUUUCAAAAGUUUGGAAAUGCUGCCCGGCGUACGAUCAUACAACGUGGGAUCUUGUCUUCUGCUAAGCCUGGGCUGAAACCAGUCACGCGCAUUCAGAGGAUUGUGCAGGUCAUCCCAAGGGCGCGCGCCUACUACUGAUUAUCUGGUAUCAAGGACCACUAGAAGAGAUUGCAGAGUUUAUACGUCAUCUUUCAGAGCAACAACCGCCGCAAGUUGGGUCCGAUAUAGCUAUAUGCUUCUGCUUCAAGCCAGAAUUACCAGAAACAAUGGGUAUGAGGGCCGGCGCCAUCAGUCUCUCGUUAGUUGGAACCGCAGGGCUUGUAAUGUUCUUCGUUGGAUUCCUCAGUUGCGACUCUAUAUAUUCCAGGGACUCCGUACUUCUGCCGACGUGGCUUGGCAGGAUUGGGGCUACAAGCCAAGCACCAAAUCGAUUUGCGCUCGGGAGAGCGCUCGGGUCUCCCACAAGCAAUGUGGUCGAGCAGGACGCUUGCUUGGUGCCGUGUGAUAUUCUUCAAUUGGCAAAUCUCACAUCGUUGGACCAAGUCCAGAAAGUGAACUGCAAUCUGGAGUUCAGUUCAGUUGCCGACCUGGGAAGCUUUCUAGCUGAAAGAAAAGGGCAGGCCUGGCUGCAUGUGAUGGGUGACUCCCUGCUUCGUUACCAGUUUGCGUCAAUGGUUGAAGAUCUGAGUUCAGAUACUGCGCCUGACUUCGUGAGCGGGAUUUGUUGCCGUUCGUCUGAUCCUCGGAACGGAACGGGCCUCGAGCGAGGCGCCUGUAAGACCUGGACAUUGGUCGAUCAAGAUUGGGACCCUAGGCGAACUCGCGAGCUCGUGAAAGAGAAUUUGGAAGAAGGGGGCUUCGACUUUUGUAUGACAUACUUUGGGGUCCAGUUCAUCCUCCAGGUUUUGAGCUACAACGAAUACUUCUUUCAGCAGGAUUCCAUCCAACCAUUGGCGGUCAUAUACAACAUGGGGUUGCAUCACAUUAUGUACGGCCAAGGCCAACUCUUCUAUGAGAAAGAUUUGGAGAAACUGACCAUCCAAGUGACGCAGAUACUGGAGCAACAAAACGCUUCACUGGCGGUCAGUGGGACGAAAGGGCUCCAUUUGACCAAGUUUAUCUACCAUACGAUGACGGCUUACGAUGAGGAGAUAUUCCAGUACGUUGACCCAAACCGUCGAAACGAAAGAACGGAUCUGUUUGUCAAGGUUCAGGAACGGCACUUUGCUGUCAACAAGGUAUGGAAAGUAGUUGACGCCUACAGGUUGACGAAGUAUCUGGACAGAAGACACACGUGGCUGCAAGUGACGCCCGGAGACGGCAUACAUCCAGCGAAGCCUUUCUACCAAAUAAUGGCGUUGCUGGACUUGAACUAUAUCGUGAGAGAUCUUGAGAGUUUUUGCACGAAAGUAGACGAUUUGGAAUAUAAGGAGUUUCUUAUUGAUCACGAGGACACGGAACUUGCGGAAAACAUGAGACAAAGACAUGGUUGGGGACUGUAUAGCAACUUUGCACGUCGAAGAAGGUGAGGGCCACCCUGUGGCUACCGAUUCUUUCAGAAAGUAGAGUCGUCUAAGUUUAGCCCAGUAAAACGUCGGUCCGAUUGCCAUUAAGAUCCUUGAGAUCCUAGUGUCCUGGCACGUGUCGGACGCCCUUAAUAGUAUUCUUUACAUUCAGAUGACGAGUUGAACUUAAGGCAGCCCGGCCGGUCCAAAGCGCAACUGAUCCGUUGAGACUGGAUUUUAUGUACGGU